AUUAUAUUAGAAUAUUACUGUUUUUUAAAUUUUAAUUAUAAUGGACUGUUUAUCAUUCCAACUUGCUUGACAGAUACUUCAGUCAGCGCCAGUUGGGUCAUCAUCAUGGCGUUAAAAAUCGGUGACUUUUAUGCAAACGUUUGAUUGGUCAUGGAGUGCAGAGGUUAUUCCUGGAGAAAUCGACUGUUUUAACUGCAAAAGUGAAAACAAAAGAAGAUAACAGAGAAUUCUAAUGCAGGGAGUUUAAUGGAAACGUAAACUGAAAGAUCAAUUAUGGGAAAUCAGCAAUCCCUGGUUUAAAAAGGAAUCAUGAUGUAUGAAAAAUCAAUAUAGUUGCUUAGGGGUCCCAGUUCAGUCGGUGAAAAAAGCUGUGCACUCACAAGGAGCCCACUAAUAUUUGAAACUUUGAUCACUGUUGGACGUUGAUUACCGUUGGGAGCUGUUGGAGUUGGGUUCGAUCUUCAGGUGACUUUUAACUUCUUCAUUGGGGUCUACAGGCAAAUGGUAAAGAAAAUGUGUUUGUUAGAAAAAGAAUUAAGAUGAUUAGCUCUUGAUGCUCUUACCUCUUGAAGAAAAAUAAAAUCAAUCCUUUUACAGCUAGAAGCAACAUGACUGAGUGCAAUUGAAGAUCUGCCUAUAAGCAAAAGUGGGAGGGAGCCCAUGUGAAUAGGUGUUACAGACAGAGGUCUCCCAGCAGCCAAAGCAAAUGAAAGGAGCAGUCCCUUUGAGGAGAAAGAGCCUUCCAAGCAAUACCAUCCCAAAUGGAUUAGAUCAGAGCUCCCUUGACAAUCCAGAUCUGGGCCCUUUCCUGCUGAAGCUUGCAAGGAGCCUCCUUGCCUCUGGUGACAAUUCUUACAAAGCUCUAGAGUGUGCUUCACGAGCUGCAGAGUCCUUUGAGAGAUGCUGUGAUGGGAAACCAAGCCUCGAGUUUGUUAUGAGUCUGCAUAUAUUGGCAGCAAUUCACUGCAGCCUUGGACAGUAUGAAGAGGCUGUUCCUGUAUUGGAAAGCUCUAUCAGGAUCCCUGUCGUGGAUGAGGGGCAUGAACAUGCUCUUGCAGCCUUUGCAGGAAAUAUGCAGUUGGGUGACACCUAUGCCAUGUUGGGAAGGGUUGGGGAUUCACUAGAAUGCUAUAACAGGGGGCUGGAGAUCCAGAAGCGGGUGUUGGGUGACAUGGAUCCAAGAGUCGGAGAAACUUGCAGGUAUGUGGCAGAGGCCCAUGCCCAAGCAAUGCAGUUCAUGGAGGCUGAAAAAUUGUGUCAACAUUCUUUACAGAUCCAUAGGCUGCACAGACCUACAGCUUCCCUUGAGGAGGUUGCUGACAGGAGACUAAUAGCACUUAUUUAUGAAGGAAAAGGAGAUUAUGAAGCAGCCCUUGAAAAUUUAGUAUUGGCAAGCAUGGCAUUGAUGUCUCAUGGUCAGGAAGUUGAAGUGGCCUCUGUGGAGUGCAGCAUUGGAGAUACCUACUUGGCCUUGGGGAGAUAUGAUGAAGCUGUUUUUGCAUACCAGAAGGCCCUGACUGUGUUUAAAUCUACAAAGGGGGAGAACCAUCCUAGCGUUGCUGAAGUUUUUGUUCGCCUUGCAGACGUGAAUUGCAAGACAGGAAAAUUGAGGGAAGCCAAUACAUUUUGUGAGAGUGCUUUAAGAUUCUAUGAUAAGCUCGGUUUGGAAAGCUCCACUCAGGAUGUUGCAAGUGGGUUGACUGAGAUAGCUGUAAUCUAUGAGGCCAUGAAUGAACCUGAACUGGCUUUAGGCCUUCUUCAUAAGGCCUUGAAAAAAUUGGAUGAUACUCCUAGUCAGCAGAGUGUGAUAGCAGGCAUUGAGGCACAGAUGGGUGUUAUAUACUAUGUCUUGGGCAAACAUGCUGAUUCAUGUGCUUCAUUAAAGAAUGCUAUUAUUAAACUUAAGGCAAGUGGGGAGAAGAAAUCUGUCUUCUUUGCCCUUGUUUUGAACCAGAUGGGACUAGCAUGUGUGCAAUGCUAUGCCAUAAAUGAAGCUGCAGGUUUCUUUGAAGAAGCAAAGCUGAUUUUGGAUGAAGUCUGUGGCCCCUAUCAUUCUGAUACCCUUGAAGUAUGUAGCAAUCUGGCUGGAACAUAUGAUGCAAUGGGCAGGUUGGAAGAUGCAAUUAGGGUUUUGGAACAUGUGGUGGGAAUCAGAGAAGAGAAAAUGUGCACAGCCGAUCCAGAUACUGACAUGGAGAAGCAGAGGCUGACAGAGCUUUUGAAAGAAGCUGCUAGGGUGAAAAAUUGGAAGGGUAAAUCGAUUCAAUCCUUGAUUGUUUCUGCUCCUAAAAACAAGAAAAAGUAAAGGCACUCAAAAAACAAGGAUUGAAUGUCUUAGGCUGAUUGCUUACAAGAUCAUAGACCUACAACUAUCUGUGGCUUCUAUUAAAGCCUAGAAGGUGUCUUCACAUUGGAAGAGUGCUGAAAAUGUACAUAAGUAACAAUAUGUUUGGAAAAGCCCCAUUUUCUAGCUUGUAAGAUUACAGUAGUGGAAUUUCUGUUUUCUGAGCUUUUGACCGUGUGUUUGCACAGAGUCUAGAAAAUUUAUAAUCUUGUUUGUUUUUAUGACUGAUUUCAACCAGCAAUAUUUUGUACAAGCUUCCAGUGUUAUUAAUGUUUUUAUUUACCUUCCUGUUUUGUAUUUA